CAUUAGUCUGCGCUUUCCUCUGCAUCUGUUGUGAUUAGGCUGAGGUUAUUCAGUAAAGCUCAUCCACUCAUGAAUCAGUUUAUCAUAAACUUCAGUGUUUGGACUCUAUUAUAAAGAUGAAGUUGAUUAAAGAAGAGACUGAAGAUGUGAAGAUUGAAGAAACGUUCAGAAUCAAAGAAGACACUGAGGAACAAACAGGACAGUCUCAGCAGAAAUGGAGUUUAUUAAAGAAGAGACUGAAGAUGUGAAGAUUGAAGAAACGUUCAGAAUCAAAGAAGAAGACACUGAGGAACAAAUAGACCUGUUGCUGAAAGAGGAGAGCACAGAACCAAAUGAAACGGAAGAGAAAAUACAACAUGAAGCUGAUCAUGCUUUUAAAACUGAAGAAUCUUUCUGUUCACCACAGACUAAAAAUACUUUCUCUCAGAAUACAACUCGUAGAACCGAAACUGAAAGUUUUUCACCCCCUCUUCGGUGUGAAAACGGUCUCAUUGAACAUGGAGACCUUACACACUGUAAGAAACACACUGUUCACACUGGAGAGAAGCCUUACACGUGCCCUGAGUGUGGAAAGAGUUUUGAUCUACAUGGAAACCUUAAAGGGCACAUGAAAAUUCACACUGGAGAGAAGCCUUAUACCUGUCAACAGUGUGGAAAAAGUUUCACUCAUGAAGGAAACCUUAAAGUGCACAUGAGAAUUCACACUGGAGAGAAGCCUUACGCCUGUCAACAGUGUGGAAAAAGCUUUGCACAUAAAGUGAACUUUAAAGUGCAUAUGAGAGUUCACACUGGAGAGAAGCCUUACACCUGUCAACAGUGUGGAAAAAGUUUCUACCGAAAAAGAAGCCUUAAUGAUCACAUGAGAAUUCACACUGGAGUGAAGCCUUACACCUGCAAACAGUGUGGAGUUAGUUUCACUCAUGAAGGAAACCUUAAAGGGCACAUGAGAAUUCACACUGGAGUGAAACCUUACACAUGCGAACAGUGUGGAAGAAGUUUCAAUAGAAAAAGAAGCCUUAAUGACCACAUGAGAAUUCACACUGGAGAGAAGCCUUACACUUGCGAACAAUGUGGAAAAAGUUUCACUCAUGACGGAAACCUUUACAGGCACAUGAGAAUUCACACUGGAGAAAAGCCUUUCAUCUGCCAACAGUGUGGAAAAAGUUUUACUCAAAAAGAAAGCCUUAAAGUGCACAUGAGAGUUCACACUGGAGAGAAGCCUUACGCCUGCUCUGAGUGUGGAAAGAGUUUUGAUCUACAUGGAAACCUUAAGGUGCACAUGAGAGGUCACACUGGAGACAAGCCUUACAUCUGCAAACAGUGUGGAAAAAGUUUUAUUCAUGAAGGAAAUCUUAAAGUGCACAUCAGAGGUCACACUGGAGAUAAGCCCUUUACCUGCCUACAGUGUGGAAAAAGCUUUACUCAAAAAGGAGACCUUAACAGGCACAUGAGAGUCCACACUGGAGAGAAGCCUUACACCUGCCAACAGUGUGGAAAGAGUUUCAAUAGAAAAACAAACCUUAAUGACCAUAUGGCAAUUCAUACAGGAGAGAGUCCUUUUAUCUGCCCACAGUGUGGAAAAAGUUUCAACCGAAAAGAAAGCCGUAACAGACACAUGAAAGUUCACACUAGAGAAAAGCGUUAUGAGUGCCAUGAGUGUGAAAAAAGUUUCACAGAAAAAGGAAAUCUUAACAAGCACUUGAGAAUUCACGCUAGAGAAAAACCUUUUACAUGCCCUCAGUGUGGAGAGAGUUUUGAUCUACAUGGAAGACUUAAAGCCCAUAUGAAAGUUCACACUAGAGAAGAAUCCUAUACAUGCUCUCAAUGUGGAGAAAGUUUUAGUCAACACGGAAGACUUAAAGUCCACAUGAGAGUUCACACUGGAGAGAGUCUCUUCCCCUGCCAACAGUGUGGAAAAAACUUUACUCAAAUAUCAAACCGUAACAGACACAUGAGAAAAUUACACGGUAUAUUUUCAAAUCAGUAACUAUAUUUUAAUUCAAUGGUUUAGCGUGAGGCGACACUGCACAGAAUGAUCAGCGUAUGACAUCAAAGUACCAUGAGAGUGUUUCAAAAGCAUAAGGAUCUGUUUGCUCUCUUAUCAGUCUCAUGGUACUUGAUGUCAUACACUGAUCACUCAAAUUGUUUCAAAUUGAACGCACCUAGUAAUUGCCUUGCUCUGUUGAGUUUUGAAGGCUUGGAACUAAACUGCAGGACAGUGGCGCUCCACGGCCAUUCCAUUUUUUUUAUGUGCUUCACUUGCAAACGUCCCUCUGACUUGUUUACUCAGAUGUACUGAUUAUGUUGCAUAAGUGCCCACUACUGGCAGAACCCUUGCAAUGGGAUGAAUCAGGAUGUCCUAAGCCAGGGAUGCCAAACUUAAUUCCUGUAGGGCCGGAGCCUUGCAGAGUUUAGAUGCAACCCUAAUUAAACACACCGGAUUCAACUAAUCAAGUCAUUCAGGUUUAACUGAAAAAUACAUAGCAUGUGUGUACCUUAUAAAUGUAUUUAGUGCAGCAUUCUAUAUGUAUGUAAGUAUGCUUGGGCUGUUAUACAUUUUACGAAAGUUAUUUAGUAUACAGUUGUUUUUGAAAGUUCUUCUAAAAGGUUUAAAGAAGUUACUAAAAGUUGACUUUUCUAAUUCUUUUUAUUUUGGUAUUGCAAUUUUGUAUUAAUUUUCAAAACAGAUGGUUUUUCGUUCAUUAUUUUGAUGUUAUAAGGCAACAUUUGUAAAUAAACCUGGUAUGGUAUGAAAUUGGUAUGAAAAUACCAUAUCGCAAUUAAAGUGAACAUUAUCACAAUUACCAACAUUAUCACGGUUUUGUUCAGAUAACCCUGUUUAACAAUAUUUAAAAUAAACUGAUACACACUGAA